AUGUCGGUGCCCAACCACGUCUUGGAGAAUGGUUCUGCAUUCUCCCACACCACCACAUCCACUUCGCAAAUAUCUCCGCAGUCAUCCAGCACCUCACCACAGACAUCUCCUUCCGAAAAGGCCUCAAAAUCCUCGUCCGACUCUCCAUACCUCGACUCGGACGCUCAUGUGGCAACGUCACAGCAUGGCUUACCCUUUAACGACUUUGUCAUCGAAAACGACGAUCUGCACGACUACGAGAGUCAGACCAAGAUCCAACGUCACAUGGACCCGCGUAUCAUGCUCGAUCUUACCACCUUGUCCAUCGUGAUUGUCGGAGUUGUCCUCCUCUUUCUCGGCUAUCCUCUCAUAGAAUUUGGUCACCUUGCCAGCGGCAAGAAGAACGGCUUUAACAUCGGCGGCACCAACGCUUCCGGUCAAGUCCCCAACCUAGCCACUAUGCGCAUGUCGCUCAUCGACCCGGACACCCCGCAAGACGUGCGCACAAAGCCUUCCAUCGACGGCUCGCACCAGAUGCAGCUCGUCUUCAGCGACGAGUUCAACACCGACGGCAGAUCUUUCUACCCAGGCGAUGACCCCUUUUGGACGGCUGUCGAUCUGUGGCCAUGGCCCACGGGCGACUACGAAUGGUACAGCCCUGAAGCUGUCACCACUUCGGCAGGCAACCUUGUCAUCACUGCAGACCAGGUCGAAACCAACAAUUUAAACUUCCGCAGUGGCCAGAUCACCACCUGGAACCAAUUCUGCUUCACCGGAGGCUACAUCGAAGUUCGUCUCCAACUGCCAGGGAGCAGCUCCGUCUCCGGUUGGUGGCCAGCAGUAUGGACCAUGGGCAACCUCGGUCGUGCCAACUACGGUGCAACGACUCAAGGUACCUGGCCGUAUGCCUACGACGCUUGUGAUGUCGGCACGCUUGCCAACCAGACGUAUCCCGAUGGUUCGGGUCCCGAGGGUGCGCUCACCAGCGGUAAUACGGUAUUCAACCGCAAAUAUCGAACCAACUCGAUCAGCUGGCAGCCCGGCCAGCGGCUCUCGGCCUGCACGUGUCCAGGCGAGGAUCAUCCCGGUCCCAAGGACUCGAGUGGCAACUUUGUCGGUCGUUCAGCUCCCGAAAUCGACGUUAUCGAAGCGCAGGUAGGCGGUGGCAUCGGUGAAGUCUCGCAGUCCGGCCAGUGGAUGCCCGCCAACUACCACUACGAACUCAUCAACACGACUGGCACCGAAUAUCAGUUCUUCCAGCCUUCAGCACAGCUCAACUCGUACCAAGGAAAUGUGCUGCAACAGUCGGCCAGUGGUGUUUCCCAAACCCUGCAAACCGCGUACCAAUACAGCGGUGGCGACUUUGCCGUAUACGGCUUCGAGUACAAGGCCGGCUACGACGGCUACAUCCACUGGAUCAACAACAAUGAACGCUCCUGGAGUCUCUAUUCCGGAGCGCUGGCAGCCGACCCGCGCGUAAACAUCAGCCGUCGCCCCGUGCCUCAAGAGCCCAUGUACAUUCUCAUCAACCUAGCCAUCUCGUCCGGAUUCGGAACCAUCGAAUGGGACAACCUUCAGUUCCCAGGAAAGAUGCUCGUCGACUACGUUCGCGUCUAUCAGCCCAAAGGCCAAACCAAUAUCGGUUGCGAUCCUGACGACUUCCCCACCCAGGCUUACAUCAAUCGUCACAUCCAGGCGUACACCAACCCCAACUUGACCAUUUGGGGUGGCACAGAGCAGCAAGGUGGAUAUCAGCACGAUUGGCCCAGGAACAGGUUGAACCCGGACGGUUGCACCAAUCCACCAUCCAAAUAUCCCGGCCCAAACCCGCCCGCAGCCACCUCUUAG